CUAUUUACUAAUGUUCGGCAAAUGUCAACACUCGUGUUUUGGUUGUAGCAUGUGGGCCCCGCUCACUACAUUCGUCGUCUCGUGUUAGGAUUUCAUAAAGUUUCUAUCAUGAAGUGGACAACAGCCAACUCGAAAAACGCCAAUUACACGGAAAACCAUGAAAUCUAUGUGGGCACUCAUACUGGCUCUUUCAAAAAGCUGGACGUUGCGGCUGAGAACCCACAUGCCCAGACGAACCUUCAGAGUAUCCAAACGUUAACAAAGGAUUCGAAGAUCACUGCUCUGAGCUAUGGAAACCAGGAAGAGACUGAAAUUCUAAUAGGCCGGCUCAAUAAAUUCGUUAAAAUUUACGACCUGCCUUCGAACGAGUACACAAGUAACAUAGAAUUGGCAGAGAGUCCAAUCGUUGGUCUUAACCGGUACGAUGGGAAACUGGUUGCGGGCUUUGCAAGCGGCAAGCUAUCCAUCCUAACAGAUCCUGAGGCAACAGUGUUGACGGCGGGCGAUUGUAUGUCCCGGAUGCGUCAGUGUGCCUUCGAUGGGAAACUGGUUGCAACCGGCGGCAAGGAGCGGCAGAACAAUCUGAAAAUAUUCAAUCUGGAGAGCAUGAAACAGGUAUUCAGCUCUAAGAACUUGCCCAAUGAUUUUCUGAAUUUGGAAGUUCCUACUUGGGACAGUGACAUGGCCUUCCUUGACGUGAAUCGAGUGAGCACUUGUUCUAGGUACGGCUACGUCCGCUACUACGACACUCGGGCGCAAAGGCGUCCCGUUGCUUUGUAUUCUGCAGAAGAUCAAAUGAGUUUUGCUUGUUUAAUUGCAAAAGAUCCUUACGUGUACUGCGGCACAACGAUGGGUGCACUGAAGGCAUUCGACACAAGAAACAUGAAAAAUUUCGUUCAUACUUACAAGGGAUUCACAGGAAGUGUAAGCGACUUGGCUUUGGAUCAUAGCGGGAAGUUCAUUGUGUCCGGUAGCUUGGACAGGUACGUCCGCGUUCACCAAACGGACAGUUGCGUUAUGUUGUACCAGUGUUACGUGAAAUCGAAAGUCACGAGGGUGCUGGUGAGGGAUGCGACGGCGGCAGUUGCGAGUAGAGGUGAGGAAGACGACAGCGUUUUAAUUGUUGGGGAAGCUAAUGGAGAUGAGCAGAGCGACGACGACGACGAGUACAAUGCUCUGUUCGAUCAAAUGCCUACGAUAAGAGACGCGGAAAAGGAUGGAGGUGAUGAUUUGCAGAGUAAAGUCUCCAAAAGGAAAAGAAAAUCAAAGACCAACGACGUGAAAAAGAAGAAAAAGCAUUAAAACUGCAAUAGGCCUAAGUGAUACGUUUUGAUAAGCUAAAUAUAAGGAAAUGUUUUUAUCAUCCAA